UGAAGACCAAUCGUUUCCGACCAUCACUGCUCGACUGCAUCCUUGAUGAUCUUGCUCAUCCAUCAUCCAUCAUCCAUCAUCCCCAUUGCCGAAAUGGCGACAGUAUCGGCAGCCCGUUGGACUUCGCUUAGACUUGCAAAGGUCGUCCUUAGCACCACUCCUAGGAAAUGUCUCUCCACAAACAGAGCAGCUCAUUUGGCAGCUUGUCAGCAUUUCCAAGCGAUUUCUACCCCCAGUUCUAGCAGUUUCCCAACAAGAUCGUUCGGCACCCGCCAUGGCAAGGGCAGGAAGAGAGCCUCCAAGUUAGAAGACGAAGAAGAGGAUUACAGUAGCGAUGAGGAAGGGGAAGACGAAGAUUUUGUGGACUUUGAGAUUCCUUUUGAUGAGGAGCCGUUGCCGCCUACCAGUCAAGACGACAAGCGUGGUCCCAAUAAUAUAGCUCUACAAUCCGUGAUUAACUCUGGUCUGGAACACUUGAAGGCCACAUCCACGUUGAUUUCCCACAAGAAGGAAACGAAAAAGUCCUUAUUCAGCAAGGCGGCAAUGGGGGAAGAUACGGGUCCCACCAAGCAACAACUGGCCGAAGCCAAUCGCAUUCUGAGCGUGGCCACUCGAUGUUUGGAAGACUUGGAGAUUCGUAAACGCAAAAAUGCCCUCUCGAUUGGCGGGAAUUCCAUUCUCUUGCUACACGCAGAAGUCAAUGCCAAUCUACGAGAAGCCACCCUUCAUUGGGCACUGCCGUUUGAGAUAUUAAUGGAAGCGGAUGAAGCUACCCGCAAGGAACUCACGGAACGAAUGCAAUAUCGAAUCGAGCACGAGCGAGGUGGAAGCUUUUUGCAAGGACACGUACAUCGCAUCUUGUCAUCCUACUAUCCACCCAAACUCAAAUUCAAACCGGCAUCGGACGUGCUACUCGCAGAAAUGCUCAUGAUGUAAUUUUAAAUCGCUCGAUAGUGUGGAUACCAUACCACCGAACAUUGAAAGCAUUUGCUGGAUCGAUUCGGAUUCGAAUUUGGUGGAGUUGAGAGCAUUCUGUGUCGGGUAACUCAACCUACCGUACCUGUACGGCUACGGAGCGCAAAUGCUGGGUUAUGGAGAUCUUGGAAGCUUUGGAACUUGGGAGGAAACGAUUUCUUGAAAAACCCGUGUAGCAAAGGAACUCUAGCUAGAAGGAAGAGACGGUUACCAAACAGCAGAGUACUUGUAUAGUACUGGCUAGCUGGAGCAAUGACAUGGCCCAUGGCCGCUGUCACCAUCCGACUCUACAGGCUCUUCAUACCGCUAUACUCUAUGGCGCCUAAACUGUCGGAAGCUUGGCAUCAGAUACCUCAAUUACUUACUGCAAGUAGAACCCGUCCCAACAAGUUCCCAUCAUAGAGGCAGCAAUAGUCAUACUUCAGAUUGACCGCUAUAGUUUAUUUUGUUAGCUACGAUCAGGCGAAAUGCAGGCUCGCAAACAUCUCACCAAUCAAUGCUGACAACACGUUGCCACAGAACCGAACAGGUGAUGCUGGGGUCGUUUUAGAGUGAUGAGCAGUGCAUGAGCACCUGAAGCCGAUCCUAACGAUGCCCGAGACCGAGACACGAGACAUUGGGGACCCAACCAGAUGGCACCAAUUUCUCCACGUCAGUUUCAAACAUCUCGUGCGAUUUAUUUGCUCCCCACACUUUUUGGAGAUGUCGGGAGCCCAGUCAUGCCUCGCGAGACCCUUUUUAUCCCUAAUUCAAUGGUGAAUAAGGAUAGUUUCAGCCAGAACAUGGGGUGUCCCUCCAUCGCCAACAACAACCAAGUACAAAUUUAAUAGGUAUAGAAUUUGGAAGCUUAGCA